GUAAUUACACAUAUUGGCCAGUGCAAUUUUAUAGUGCUGUUCCGAAAAGGUCCGACAGAAUCGAGUUAGCCUAGCCUAGCUGCAACUUCCUAGCUAGCUGCAACUUCAAGCAUAACAAUGGCGUUGAGAGCAGCUUUUAGGAAUAAGUGUACUUUAUCAGGGCUUCUUUCCCAGCUGUCUUCUAGCAGAAGUCAUGGCAGAGUGUGUGCAUCAACGGUACUUGCCGCACAGCAGAGGAGCAACUCCACAUCUUCUAAAAUUUCUGUGGAUUUUGACCAGAGUACAGGUGUGGCUGUGAUGCGUAUGAAGAGUCCACCAGUCAAUAGCCUCAGUUUGGACUUCCUCACAGAGUUUUGCAUAAGCUUAGAGAAGCUCGAGAUGGACAAAAGCUGCCGGGGGCUCAUCAUCACCUCUAGUCUGCCCAAGGUGUUCUCAGCAGGGCUGGACAUCAUGGAGAUGUAUGGCAAGACUCCAGAAAGCUGCGGGGAAUUCUGGAAAGCUGUUCAGGAGAUGUGGUUGAAACUCUACAGCUCCAACAUGGUCACCGUAGCUGCAAUCAAUGGUUCCAGUCCUGCAGGGGGCUGUCUGAUGGCUUUGACAUGUGACUAUAGAGUAAUGGUGGACAACCCACGCUAUAGCAUCGGCCUUAAUGAGACUCAGCUCGGGAUAGUUGCGCCUUUUUGGUUUAAGGACACCAUGGCUAAUACAGUGGGCCACCGGACUACGGAAAUGGCCUUGGCUUUGGGGCUGCUCUACAACCCAACAGAGGCUCUGAAGAUAGGACUGGUAGACCAGCUGGUACCUGAAGAUAAGCUCAUGGCCACAGCUGAGCAGACAAUGGCCAAGUGGUUGGCCAUUCCAGCCCACGCCAGACAGAUCACCAAGUCCAUGAUGAGAAAGCCGACCAUUGACAAGCUGACGGCCAAAAGAGAAGCCGACGUCCAAAAUUUUGUUAGUUUCAUCACUAAAGAUGCCAUCCAGAAUUCGCUCCGUACGUAUCUUGAGAUGCUCAAAAAGAGGAAGGCUUAAUGAGUAAGCGAAGGCCUCUAAUCACAAAUCAUUGGACACUGUCAGGUUCUUCUAACAGCGCCUCAUCACUAAAAGUGCCUGACCUAAAUCACACCGUGGUGCAUUGCUUCUUUUUUUUCUGUAUUCUUUUCCCUCUGUUUUGUUUUUGGAAUGUAGAUUUAAAAGGUGAAACUUCA